AGGAGCGGCGAGCUAGCGGACGCAAAGACUGGGCAUGCUCCGCGGCGGCGCAGGUUUUGGUCACAAGUAGGAAGAAGCCAGUGCACCAGACCGGCAAAGAGAAGCGGGAGCCGCCGCGGCAGCGCGGCCGUGGGGUCCGCCGCCGCCGCAUCGGAGCGGGAGGAGGAGCAGCGGGGAGGGCGAGGCCGCCGGGCCGAGAGCCGUCCCGCCUGCUCUCGGUCUUCUGCCUUCGCCUCCGCGCGGUGCGUCGGACCCAGGGUCUGUCACCUGGGCGCCAGGGGCCGCCGCCGGGGACCCGGAGCGGGCAGGACCCUCCCUCCGCCGACUGCGGCCCGAGAGCGCCCCCGCGGGGUGGAGCGGCAGCCGCCUUCUGCGGGCGGCUGAGUGUCCGUCUCGCGCCCGGAGCGGGCGACCGCCGUCAGCCCCGAGGAGGAGGAGGAGGAGGAGGGGGCGGCCAUGGGGCUGCUGUCCCAGGGCUCGCCGCUGAGCUGGGAGGAAACCAAGCGCCAUGCCGACCACGUGCGGCGGCACGGGAUCCUCCAGUUCCUGCACAUCUACCACGCCGUCAAGGACCGGCACAAGGACGUUCUCAAGUGGGGCGAUGAGGUGGAAUACAUGUUGGUAUCUUUUGAUCAUGAAAAUAAAAAAGUCCGGUUGGUCCUGUCUGGGGAGAAAGUUCUUGAAACUCUGCAAGAGAAGGGGGAAAGGACAAACCCAAACCAUCCUACCCUUUGGAGACCAGAGUAUGGGAGUUACAUGAUUGAAGGGACACCAGGACAGCCCUACGGAGGAACAAUGUCCGAGUUCAACACAGUUGAGGCCAACAUGCGAAAACGCCGGAAGGAGGCUACUUCUAUAUUAGAAGAAAAUCAGGCUCUUUGCACAAUAACUUCAUUUCCCAGAUUAGGCUGUCCUGGGUUCACACUGCCCGAGGUCAAACCCAACCCAGUGGAAGGAGGAGCUUCCAAGUCCCUCUUCUUUCCAGAUGAAGCAAUAAACAAGCACCCUCGCUUCAGUACCUUAACAAGAAAUAUCCGACAUAGGAGAGGAGAAAAGGUUGUCAUCAAUGUACCAAUAUUUAAGGACAAGAAUACACCAUCUCCAUUUAUAGAAACAUUUCCUGAGGAUGAUGAAGCUUCAAGGGCUUCUAAGCCGGAUCAUAUUUACAUGGAUGCCAUGGGAUUUGGAAUGGGCAAUUGCUGUCUCCAGGUGACAUUCCAAGCCUGCAGUAUAUCUGAGGCCAGAUACCUUUAUGAUCAGUUGGCUACUAUCUGUCCAAUUGUUAUGGCUUUGAGUGCUGCAUCUCCCUUUUACCGAGGCUAUGUGUCAGACAUUGAUUGUCGCUGGGGAGUGAUUUCUGCAUCUGUAGAUGAUAGAACUCGGGAGGAGCGAGGACUGGAGCCAUUGAAGAACAAUAACUAUAGGAUCAGUAAAUCCCGAUAUGACUCAAUAGACAGCUAUUUAUCUAAGUGUGGUGAGAAAUAUAAUGACAUCGACUUGACGAUAGAUAAAGAGAUCUACGAACAGCUGUUGCAGGAAGGCAUUGAUCAUCUCCUGGCCCAGCAUGUUGCUCAUCUCUUUAUUAGAGACCCACUGACACUGUUUGAAGAGAAAAUACACCUGGAUGAUGCUAAUGAGUCUGACCAUUUUGAGAAUAUUCAGUCCACAAAUUGGCAGACAAUGAGAUUUAAGCCCCCUCCUCCAAACUCAGACAUUGGAUGGAGAGUAGAAUUUCGACCCAUGGAGGUGCAAUUAACAGACUUUGAGAACUCUGCCUAUGUGGUGUUUGUGGUACUGCUCACCAGAGUGAUCCUUUCCUACAAAUUGGAUUUUCUCAUUCCACUGUCAAAGGUUGAUGAGAACAUGAAGGUAGCACAGAAAAGAGAUGCUGUCUUGCAGGGAAUGUUUUAUUUCAGGAAAGAUAUUUGCAAAGGUGGCAAUGCAGUGGUGGAUGGUUGUGGCAAGGCCCAGAACAGCACGGAGCUCGCUGCAGAGGAGUACACCCUCAUGAGCAUAGACACCAUCAUCAAUGGGAAGGAAGGUGUGUUUCCUGGACUGAUCCCAAUUCUGAACUCUUACCUUGAAAACAUGGAAGUGGAUGUGGACACCAGAUGUAGUAUUCUGAACUACCUAAAGCUAAUUAAGAAGAGAGCAUCUGGAGAACUAAUGACAGUUGCCAGAUGGAUGAGGGAGUUUAUCGCAAACCAUCCUGACUACAAGCAAGACAGUGUCAUAACUGAUGAAAUGAAUUAUAGCCUUAUUUUGAAGUGUAACCAAAUUGCAAAUGAAUUAUGUGAAUGCCCAGAGUUACUUGGAUCAGCAUUUAGGAAAGUAAAAUAUAGUGGAAGUAAAACUGACUCAUCCAACUAGACAGUCUACAGAAAGAAAAAUGCAUUACUAUUUUAUUGACGAACUGGCUACAGUACCAUGCCUCUCAGCCCGUGUGUAUGAUAUGAAGACCAAAUGAUAGAACUGUACUGUUUUCUGGGCCAGUGAGCCAGACAUUGAUUAAGGCUUUCUUUGGUAGGUAAAUCUAGAGUUUAUACAGUGUACAUGUACAUAGUAAAGUAUUUUUGAUUAACAAUGUAUUUUAAUAACAUAUCUAAAGUCAUUGUGAACUGGCUUGUACAUUUUUAAAUUCUUACUCUGGAGCAACCUACUGUCUAAGCAGUUUUGUAAAUGUACUGGUAAUUGUACAAUACUUGCAUUCCAGAGUUUAAAUGUUUACUGUAAAUUUUUGUUCUUUUAAAGACUACCUGGGACCUGAUUUGUUGAAAUUUUUCUCUUUAAAAACAUUUUCUCUCGUUAAUUUUCCUUUGUCAUUUCCUUUGUUGUCUACAUUAAAUCACUUGAAUCCAUUGAAAGUGCUUCAAGGGUGAUCUUGGGUUUCUAGCACCUUAUCUAUGAUGUUUCUUUUGCAAUUGGAAUAAUCACUUGGUCACCUUGCCCCAAGCUUUCCCCUCUGAAUAAAUACCCAUUGAACUCUGA